CCAUGAUCGAUGACUUUCUUCUUCUUCUUAAAGUCCAAAAUCUGGGCACUCCAAUCGUUUUGAUGGCGAUGAGCUUCUUGCUAGGCCUUGAAGAUUUGAUGGAGCAAUGGAAGAAUGCAUGUUCAAAAAGCACUUGGCGAAAUGUCGCCAUGUCACUGAAGCAACGACUUAUCUCGCGCUCUACAACUACACAAAUUUGUCUUUCAACACGCUGAAAGAAGGAGAUUUGACUCUCGAUAACCUGAACGACUUUCUACACGAGCAGGGCGAAUUUUAUCCACCAGUCGCAGAAGAAAAAGGCAAACUUUCGAGCAAGCUUCGUUUGAUCAUUCAAAAGGAUGCCAAGGAUUUGGAAACAUUCACGCCGUUGAAGAUUCCACUGCCAUCAGCACAUUAUGAGCAAAUGCUCAAAUGCCUACGGCUCCCGCUACACGCCGUCGAAUUGACCACCUUUCUUGGACCUCUCUUCUGGUACAGAUAUGUUCUUCUUGAAGACGAUGAUCCCCACCUUCAGAUGGUGUUUGGAAAGCAUGAUAGCCGCAAGAAGACCGGAACCCGCGGCUGGGAAUUGAUUCUAUCAUAUUCUUUCAAGCGACGCGAGACCACAGGCUUCGUGAAAUGGACACCUACCGCCGAUAUCGUUGAGUGCUUAUCAAAUUUGCGAGAUUGUGUUCUUGACAUAAACCAUCCACUUCUUAUCCCCAGCAUCAUCAUGUCUGACCUCGUAGCGACAUCUGACGAAGUGAAGCAACGAGAAGCCCGGACUAGCAUUCGGCAGCUAGAAAAAGCAAUCAGUGUCAAUGAUGAUACAACCGGCUUUUACUACUCAAAGGACGGCACCAUCGAUUUACGCACAGUCGCGAGUGAUCUCACAGAACACCACAGAAGAAUUCUUCAUAGACCACCCAAGCUUUACUCCAAGGUCAUUGAUGCUUUGGAAGCUGCCACAGAUUGCUUCUGGGCACAUAUCGAUCCUACUGACAAGACCAAAGCGUUGAAACGGCUUCAUGCGACUUUGAAGGACCGUUUUCAUUGCCACAGAGUGCGGCUCGUCGGUUUGGAGAAAUACGUCUCCAUAUCGGUGGAACGCUUGAAUAUCCAAAGAAGCAUGGUUUCUUUCAUUACGGCUGAAAUCGCACAGAAGGAUGCGAAAUUGAACCUCAAGAUAGCAGGAGAUCAGAGGAGAAUAGCUCAUGCUAGUAAGAGCGACAGUCAGGCAAUGAAGGCUCUUUCUCUUCUCGGUGCUGCUUUCCUGCCUGGCACGUUCAUCGCCUCUAUUUUCAGCAUGUCAUUUUUUGACUUCCAGACUCAAGCUCAUAUUUCGUCCAAGAUUUGGAUUUAUUUCGCGUUUAUGAUCCCGUUGACCACGGCUGUCCUUCUUGGGUGGCUCUUCUGGGAUCAUAAGCGAAGGAGAUCGCAACAUUUGACGAGGUCAUCUUCCAAUAACAGCGGCUCUGACACAGAGAAGGCAAUCAUAUUCGAACUAUCCAAGAGAGAGUAGACAGACUCGGCAGUUGUGUUCACUAGCUUCUAAAUGUCGUCAUUUUGUUUGCACGCCGCGAAAAACAUACUUCAGUUCAAAAAUAUUCGGGAAUUUGCGUAUCUUUUCGGUCGCAUUUGUACUCUUUCUCAAUUACAAUUACUCUGGACUUCAAGCCC